AUGGUUGAGGGUGAGUCAAAUAAAUCGGAAAAUAAAGUUGAUGACAAAGGUGAACUCGUUGCUGCUGAUGCUAUUAUCAUGAUGGACACGGUAACAUUAAGCAAACCAUUCAGAGUGCGCAUUAAGAAAUCAUCACUCAAGCGCAACAGUAUUUGUUACUAUUACACGAAUUUUGAUAAACAUCGUCUUAAUUUACAAUUGAUAUUUCAGGCCAUUUAUAUUGAACCGAGAUGUCAAUCGGCUUACAAAGUAGCUGUUGGCGAUAAAAUAAUCGCAAUUGAUGGGAUAAGGAUAAAUAAAUGGGACGAACUCGUAGCAGCCAUGAGGAAACCAACUACGAAGGCGAAUGUCACAUUUCAGCGAAGAGCAUUUUCGGUUUGUGAUAGCAGAGGUAACACUGUAGAAACGUUAAUGAUAAAGAAUGAUCCCAAAGUAAUGCGUGCAAUUCAGCUUUACUCGGUGCGUUUCGUGUUGAAUAAGUGUGAAGAGGAUCUGGAUGAGGAGGACGAUUUAUUGGGGUUACAAGUUACUUACGAUGCUAAAGAGCGAUUGCAAAUUGUUCGCACAAAUCCAGACAGUCUAUCGGCGAUACACCUACGUUCAGGCGAUAUUAUACGUGAAGUGGAUGGGCAUGCAGUGGCGAGUAAGACAAUGCUUAAUUAUUGGAUCAUGGAGGGGAUCGAGCAACAUGCAACUGUAUGCUUAUCGAUAGAAUCAGCAGUUGAUACUGACGAAGAAGAGGGCGAAGAUUUACCCGAAGACGUUGUUGAAAUUGCUAAAAAACAAUUAGAAGUUCAUCGAUCGUUGACGGCCGAAAAAAUCAGUGUGCCAAUGAAACCGAUUCUGAGGAAAAAUUCAAAAGCUAAUGUGGCCAGCGGAAAAUCAUCAUCUUCAAAAACUCGUCAACAUUCAAUAAGUAUAUCAAAUACAGCGGUUGAAAUAGCGAUUGCAAGCGAUUUUGAUAGUAAAACAUUAAAACGAGUCAAAAAAGGACAACAUUAA